CAACAACACCAACAACACCUACAGCUACAACACCUACUACAGCUACAAUACCUACAACUACAACCCCUACCACAACACCUACAACUACAACAUCUACCACAACUACAAUACCUUCAACACCUACGGCACCUAUGGCACCUACUACAACUACAACCCCUACUACAACUACAACCCCUACUACAACUACAACACCUACCACAACUACAACAACUCCUACAACACCUGUAACUACACCACCUACCACAUCAUCUACAACUACAAUACCUACAACUACAACCCCUACCACAACACCUACAACUACAACAUCUACCACAACUACAAUACCUUCAACACCUACGGCACCUAUGGCACCUACUACAACUACAACACCUACCACAACUACAACACCUACCACAACUACAACAACUCCUACAACACCUGUAACUACACCACCUACCACAUCAUCUACAACUACAAUACCUACCACUACAACAUCUAUUACAACUACAACAACAGCUACAAAUACAACGACAACACAUACCACAACUACUUCCACCACAGUCAUAGAUCCUGGAACAACAUCUUCAAGCCAAAGGAACUCUUCUACUGAUGACACAAACAUGGUUUCAGCCAUCAGCACUACUCAUGGGAACCACAGCCACACCUUCACAACAGAAGGAAGAAAAAAGCCAGUUGUGGACAGCACUACACCUGACAAACACAAAGUUUCAACUGGACAGCCCAGUGAUCCCCCGACACCAGGAGGUGGCAGCAGCAGUGGGAACAGUGAUUGGGUACCUGGAUGGGGUAUUGCCCUCUUAGUAUUAGCUGCUGCCAUUUUGUUGCUACUCAUAAUCAUCUUUAUCAUGAUGCUGAUUCGAUGGUGUUGUAAGAAACCUGAACAUGGCUACAUGGACACUAUUCAGGAUCCAUACAACACAGAAAAGAAACAACCUCCUCAGGACCCACUGCCAAUGUACACACCUCAAGCCCCUGUGACACCAGGACCAGGAUCAACCCCCAUCAUUGGGGACACACCCAAGAAGAACAGGACAGGGUUUUAUGCAGUGAAUCCCUGAGACAGUCUGGAUGAAUGAUAUCCAUCAAGCAACAGGCAGGCUGCAGUGAGCAGAGGCAGAGUGAAGAAAAUUUCGCCUGCAGCAGUCAAGCAUGGACAGUGUACAGCACCGAUUAACACUUAUUUAUUACACGGUUGUUUCCUUUUUAUUUCCGUUCCAGUUCAGAAUGCUGAAGUAUAAAUUGUAUAUACCCAUAUAGACUGUAGUAACAUUAUUUAUCUGCAUAGCAAUAUUUAAUACAAACCAGUGAUGGAUAGCUGAUGUGUUUUCUUUAGUAAUGUUUCUCUGCAUGAUUUUAGGAACAAUAAUCACAUUGGAAAUCAAAAGAACCAAAUAUGUGCCCUUGAAUAUGUGUUGCAAAUUUCACAUGUUUGUUUUAAUUGUAUGUUAAAUUGUAAAAUACUGAAAAAAAAUCAGAUUAAAUCUGUCUCAAACCUGCCA